AUGUCUCCUUUUUUUUCCAGUACAUUUUCCUGCUUUUUUUAUGAUGAGCUUCUCUACAUUUUACCUUUCCACUUUUCUUUUCCUCCCUUCCAUUUCCGUCUUGAUUCUACAACUUCACAAGUCUUUUUCAUUACCGUCUCGUCUAUUCUUUUCAUACUAUCUAUAUCUAUCUAUCUAUUUUAUACUAUUCUAUCGCUCACUUUCAUGUUCUUUAACUCAUUAAUUUUUAUGCUUAAUGACGAAAAGAAUAAUAUAGCCACUGAUUUUUUCUUGUUUUCUCUUAAUAUCUUACCAGUUUAUCCCUUCUCUGUCUUUCAAACUUUCUCCUACAAUUUAAUCUAUGCUCAAUUUACCCUAUCUUUUUUUUUUCAUCUGCUCACAAGUAUCUAUCUAUCUCUUUUUCUUAACUUCUGCAUAUUUUUUAUCUCCAUUUCUUUACAUCUUUUCUUUCUCUCUCCCUCCUAA